AUGAAAAGCAAACACAACAAAAGUCUUUGCUACGAAGAAGCCAUGAAAGAGGCCUUUAGUGAGAUCUUUAAAAAUCUCAGGGACAUUGAAAAGAACACUGAGAAGAAAAUGAGACAGAAAACGGAUUUCGAAAGAAGAAGAGGUAGCGCUCCUGCUUUAUCACUACUUAAGGAGGAAAAGACAUUUUUUAGGCAACCAGCAAUAAGGCGAGGCUCUGCACCUGUCCUGCUUAAAUCAAGUCCUACGAAAGACAUUAAGUCACCAUCUCCUAAAGUACGUUUGGUUGACGAUGUAGUGAAUAUUUUUGUGUUUUGA